AUUAGCUUCCUCUACUUCCCAUGAGAGUAUCCCUAGGUCAUCGACACCUAGUGUGGUGCCUGCUGACUCACCAGUUCGUGGAGGUUCGGAUAGAUAUAACCUCAGGAAGCGUGUUUCCAAAACUCCUACUGGUAUGGAGGAUUCUGCGUUCGGCGA